CUGGCCCGCAUCUGGCACCACGUGGGAGGCAGUAUCUGUCCACCUGCGAGCGAUUUCCUGGACUUCGAGCCGCUGAAGCUGCAUCUCAACAGUCUCGGCCAAAGGGUGGAGGACCAGGACCGGGACGAGAAUACGAACGACGAAGAGGAUGACGAGGAAGAAGAGAAGCUCAUGGCUUGUCGCAUCGAUUGUGGUGACCUCGAGAAACAGGCU